GAUCGGCAUUUGUUGAGCGCGGCUCAUAUUUUGGUUUGCAUCACAAGUGUUUCCUAAACGGCGUUAGGCUGGUCUGCCACCGCUCUGCUCUUUUAAUCUCUCGGGCCAAGGUGUUCUUCAACAGUUUACUCAGACAUGGCUUCCAAAGUCGUAUAUAAGAAGAAGGCCGCGAGCCACGUCAGCACUGAUUACCGCUCUCUUCACUCUAAACAUGUUGUCAAGAGACAGCAGGCAGUCGGGUACCUCAGGAAAUCUACCUGUAACUCGGUGAGCCAGGUAAAGGCUCAGGCCACGGAGGCUAUGGCAGAACCAGCGUAUACGGUGCCGGAGUUCCGGCAGAGGAGCACGGAGGAGGUGGAGGAAUACCAGAGAGUCUCCACCCAUGUGGGGAAGGGCCUGGCUGCGAUCCAGGAGGAGCUGCACAGGAUGAGGAUGGCCACCAAGGCCCAGGUGGACAACCUGGCCACCAAGAGAGAGGUGCAGGAGAGGAUGAGUAGGAAGGUAGACCUGUAUGAGGAGGGGAACAAGCUGCCUGACUUCCUGGUGGCCCUGAGGCCCCACACCGUGUGGGAGAAGACCCCGGUCAAGCUGUACUGCACCGUUCACGGUCACCCCAGGCCCGUCGUCAGUUGGUUUAAAGAUGGCGUUCCCGUGAAUCCUCUGAACGCACCCGGAAAGUACAAGAUUGAGAGCAAAUAUGGAGUCCAUGGUUUGAUUAUUAGCAGGAGUGCUGUCAGUGAUACUGCAGAGUACAGCGCUGUGGCCAGCAACCCAUUCGGCACGGCCACCAGCAAAGCUACUGUUACUGUUAAGAGGCCAGCAGGGGGGGCCGGAGAGUCAUGCCAGCUUGGACUAGUGCCACGCCUGACACAAAUGCACCCCAGCAAGCUGGAGGUCACCCUGCUGGAGCGCUUCUCCGUCAGCUUCGGAGUGGAGGGAGGCUCCAUCAGCCUGGCGUGCUCCAUGGUGGUGGUCCCCGACCUGCCCAACCUGCCACCACUGGCCCACUGGUACCGAGAUGAUCACCUGAUGAAGGCCGGGCCCCUGGCUGAGAUGACGGUGGGAGGGGGCCUGGCGCGCCUCAACCUGCCCCGCCUGGCCAAAGACGACGAGGGGCUCUACACCCUCCGCAUCUACACCAAGGAGGGCACCACGGAGCACAGCGCCUACCUGUUCGUCCAAGAUGCUGUUCCCUCUGUCGCCGGUGCCCCCGGAGCCCCCAUGAGUGUGAAGGUGUUUGACAUCAACAUGGACUUUGCCCUGGUCUCCUGGAAGCCCCCAAACACCACCAACGAAGCGGCCGUCUCAGGAUACUUUGUGGACAGGUGUGAGGCAGGCAGCGACCACUGGGUCCAGUGUAACGACACCCCCGGUGAAGGUGUGUAAAUACCGGUGACGGGUCUGACCCUGGGCCAGGCCGUCCACUUCCGGGUCCGCGCCGUGAACAGCGCCGGCAUCAGCAGGCCCUCCCCCGCCGCUUCGCAGAAGGUGACGGCGGCCGACCCGGCCGAGAGCGAGCGCCUGCAAGUGGUGAACAUACGGGGACACUACGACAUACUGAUCAGGGACGACGACCUGGAAGGUUACGUCACUAUUCCGGGGCAGCCGACCAGCGUGCACGCCUCUGAGGUGUACCAGGCCUACGUGGUGCUCAGCUACCCCCCGACCCCCCGCGGCCGCGCCAGGCUCUGGUACAUCAUCGAGAAGUGCUUAGCGGGCACGGAAGGAUGGACGCGCAUCAACACUGGGGUCAAAGUUCAGUCGCCCCGUUAUCCCAUUUUCGAUUUGCUGGACGGGAAGUCCUACCAGUUCCGGGUGUUCUCCGCCAACCAGUUCGGCUCCAGCGAGGCCUCGGCCCCCACGGGGCCCGUCCAGAAGGCGGACGAGCACGGUAAGGCAGGGGCCGCGUUCCCUCCACCCCUCGGCCAGGUGGUGGCCACCAGGAACACCAAGUCCUCUGUGUUCGUCCAGUGGGAGGCGUCCAAAGUCCCCAACAACCUGCUGGGAUACUACAUCGAUGCCCGGCCCGCCGGCUCCAAGCUGUGGCAGCCCUGUAACCACAAGCCCUUCAGACACACCAGGCCUCUCCAGUCUCUGAGCCUGACCUGCACGGUAUGUGAGCCCACCCCCGAGGUCACAUGGUUCAAGAACGAGCAGGAGGUGGCGUCGUGCGAACACACCAAGGUCACCUUUGAGGGCGGGAAGUUUGCCAGCCUGGUCAUCACACAGGUGACCUCCGAUGACUCCGGCAAGUACAGCAUCAACGUGCGCAACAAGUACGGCGGCGAAUUUGUGGAGAUCACCGUCAGCGUGUACCGGCACGGCGAGCCCAUCCCGGAACCCAAGCUGGGCCAGCCCAAGACCGCCGCGCCCGCCGCCUCCAAGACCUCCACACCCGUACCCCCCUCCAAGACCCCCACCCCUCCCAAGUCCCAGACCCCUUCAAUGAAAAGCCCCACCCCCUCCAUGAAGAGCCCCACCCCCUCCAUGAAGAGCCCCACCCCCUCAAUGAAGAGCCCCACCCCCUCCAUGAAGUCCCCCACCCCCGCCUCCACCCCGGUGCCCAAGUCCCCCACCCCGGGCCCCAAGUCCCCCACCCCGACCCGUAGCGUCAAGUCCCCCACGCCCACCAGCAGGUUCCUCAAGUCCCCCACCCCCAAGUAGACAGGGGAGGGGACCGCGCGGGUGGGGGGGGGGAGGGGGCGCGUGGCCGUAGCGUGUUGGCAUUAGCAUUUGCGGUAGCGUGGUAUCGGGGUGUUUCUUUGGGCCCUCUGCUUGCCGCGUGCACUCCCCUUCCGCUCCCACCCCCACCCAAACAGGGAGGAAGCCUCAUCGGGUGGAGCAGGAAUUAGCAGAAGUAGAGAAGAUAGUUUGUGUGUGUUUGUGUGUGUUUGUGUGUGUUUGUGCGGCGUCUGUGUGCGAUUGCGUGUUUGAGAGGUACAGCAGUUUGGACAGGUGGCAGCCUCAACGCAGCAUGGAGGGGGGGGGGGGGGGGGGGGGGGGGGGAGGAGGCGUAGAUCACCUGCUCAGGUAUGCUGUCCCACUGGUUACUGUGUCGCUGUAUCCGUGACAGGUAGACGGUUGUUAGCACUAAUGAAGGCAGAGGCGUUUGUCGUCUCAAGGCUGUACCUUCCACGGCGCCGCUGUGGAACGCAUGUGUCCUGUCUAGUGUUCAGCCCCAGGGUCAUCCCUUAUUGAUUAGAGGGGCUCUUGUGGUGAUCACUCCAGUUAUUGAUCAGAGUAGGUCCUGUGGUGAUCACUCCAGUUAUUGAUCAGAGUAGGUCCUGUGGUGAUCACUCCAGUUAUUGAUCAGAGUAGGUCCUGUGGUGAUCACUCCAGUUAUUGAUCAGAGUAGGUCCUGUGGUGAUCACUCCAGUUAUUGAUCAGAGUAGGUCCUGGGGUGAUCACUCCAGUUAUUGAUCAGUGUAGGUCCUGGGGUGAUCACUCCAGUUAUUGAUCAGAGUAGGUCCUGGGGUGAUCACUCCAGUUAUUGAUCAGAGUAGGUCCUGGAGUGAUCACUCCAGUUAUUGAUCAGAGUAGGUCCUGGGGUGAUCACUCUACAUAUUAGUAGACGGAUGGUUAAGUUGUCAGCUCGAUCGAUUUCAUCAGCCAAUCAGAGGGAACGCAGGGGCUUAAUGUUUCCUGGUCACUCUUGUCCUGUUUCUGUCACAUGACUGUGUUUUCCGACAAUGCUUUGUUUUGGCAAUAAACCUUACUUAUCACCCUC